UCUCCAGGGGCGCAGGCGCGUCGUUUGGCCACGACCAGAAGCCGGCGAUGGAGCGAUCGGCGGAGAAACCUGCCCGGGCUAACGCCAACGCCGCCGCUUUCCAGAGGGAGGAGGAGGAGGAGGAGGAGGAGAUGGCUUUAUGAAUAUUCAGGAAUGCAUAUUCCUCUCGAGAAGCCCACACCUUCUUUCGCUGAUCCCCUCGCAACCUGGCUCUGCCCCAGUGCUCCCUGGCUCGUGGUGGGGGAGGCGAGCGCAGGAAUUCCGGCCGAUUCGCCCUCUCGCUUGCCCGGGGCUUGGCGGAAUGCCUUGAAGAGCUGGAUCCCGGGUACACGGCGGGCAGCUCCGAUGCGCGCACAGCUUUGAUCCGCUGAUGAGGCACACAUCUGGCUUCCCCCAGACGAGAGAUGUCUCGGACCAAUAGUGAGAGGAGGUCCUCCGGCCUGCUGGGGGAAGUCGCUUGAGGAGGAAGACCCCGUGGUCUGUGGCCAGCUGUGCCCCUGGCUGGUGACCUACUAUGGCCCGCUCCAGCAUCUGGAACAGCCUCAGGUCUGUGUUGAGAAAAAAUGACGACCCCUUGUUCCUGAACGACUGCAGUGCCUUUGAUUUUUCCGAUGAGGUUGACGAGGACUUCCCCAGGUUCAACAAACUGCGGGUUGUGGUCUCUGACGACCCGGCUGAGGCUUCUGCCAAUGGGGCUCACGUGGCACCCCAGUCCGACGACGAGUCCUUGCUGGACAGGGAUGUUGCUCUGCGGAGCGCCCAGACUGCACCCGGCAACACAGAGCCUUGUAACAAUUGCAGCAAACAAAGGGAACUCUUGAAGCAAAGGAAGGUGAAGAGGCGCUUGGGUUUAGCAGCAGUUCUCUAUCUCCUCUUUAUGACGGGGGAGCUUAUAGGUGGAUACGUUGCCAAUAGUCUAGCAAUCAUGACUGAUGCGCUUCAUAUGUUAACUGACCUCAGUGGCAUUAUUUUGACCCUGCUUGCGUUGUGGCUGUCUGCAAAAUCGCCCACAAAAAAGUUCACCUUUGGAUUUCAUCGUUUAGAGGUUUUAUCUGCCAUGUUCAGUGUAUUGCUGAUCUAUAUCCUUAUGGUUUUCCUCUUGUAUGAAGCUGUUCAAAGAACCAUCCAUAUGGACUAUGAAAUCAAUGGCGAUGUCAUGCUUAUUACAGCAGCUGUUGGUGUGGCAGUAAACCUCAUAAUGGGCUUUCUGCUGAACCAGUCAGGUCACCUUCACUCCCAUUCGCAUACCCAUUCCUCUGUUCCUCCAUCCAACUCUUCUGCUACGACAUCUGGGCAUGGUCACGGCCACGGCAGCCUGGCGGUGAGAGCAGCGUUUGUACAUGCCCUGGGAGACUUGGUGCAAAGUAUUGGCGUGCUGGUAGCUGCGUACAUUAUUCGUUUCAAGCCAGAAUACAAGAUUGCUGAUCCUAUCUGCACAUAUGUAUUCUCAAUUCUUGUGGCUUUCACAACGUUUCGGAUCAUACGGGACACCGGAAUAAUUGUACUUGAAGGAGUUCCAAGGCAUUUGAAUGUCGAUCUCAUGAAGGAAGAGUUAAUGAAAAUUGAAGAUGUGUUUUCAGUGGAAAACCUGAAUGUUUGGUCAUUAACUGCAGGAAAAAUAAUUGCCAUAGUCCACUUGCAAUUAGUUCCUGGUAGUUCAUCCAAGUGGGAAGAUGUCCAGUCCAAGGCCAGACGACUGUUGCUACACACAUUUGGAGUCUAUCAAUGCUCCAUCCAGCUGCAAAGUUACAGGCGAGAAGAGAAUAAACCCUGUGCAAAUUGUCAGAGCUCCAGUGCCUAAUUUUCCACACUUUUGGUGGGGGGAUUUGCUGCCUUAUUCUUUUUAUCUUGCAGCCAAAAGACCACAAAGCAAUAAAUGCAAGAUUUACAAGUGGAACAGGAUUCCUUCUAGGUCUGGAGUUGUGUUGGUGUUCAGUGCACCAAGAAAGACUGGAACUGGCCCAAGCACUGGGUCAGGAUUACACUUUUAACGAAGACGAGUCAUUGCUCAUCCUCUCUCACUGUUAAUUUUUGCUAGGGUUUUCUUGCCAAUGUAUUUUUCCCCAACAGGUUGUUUACAGAACAUAUUAUGGUCGGGCGGAUACGUUCUAUGUUGCCAUUUGUUAACUGUGUCACAGUACUUGCCUACCCUCCAAAAGAGGCUUCAGGAAUUAACUAGUUGAGUUGAAAGUGUUGACAAGGUUGAUCAUGUCCAUAAUCUAUAACGUUCAUGAUCUCUGAACUGGUUACACAGUAUUUACCCCAUUAAAAACAGCCAGAUUUUUAACACCUUGCCUAAAAAAGGUGCUGCAGGGAAAACACAAACCCUUCGUACAAACUUGAAUACACAUUGGGAAGUAUAGCUUUUACAGUAGCUACCAGUCUUGAAAUAAAGCUUUAAAACUAUACUCCACACUAUAAAAGGUCUUUAUCCGGAACAAACUACCAGUUGUUUAACGGAAGAUUUUGGGGCUGGACCCACUGUGUUUUGAAAAGGUCGAUAGUCUUUCAUAUCUUUCAGCAUAGGACUUCUACCAUAGAAAAGUAUAUAUUUCAUUUCUCCAAAUCUGUAUGGUUGGCUCUGAGAUGAUUCUUACUGAUCAUCUUGAAUAUCGAACCUUUUAAACCUUUUAACCUGCUCCAAGAAGCCAUUUGGUUAGCAUGGAUCUUAAGUCUAGUAAAUAAAUAUGCCGUAGAAGUGAUUGAUUUGCCUCACUGAAAGAGAGAGAAGGGGCCUUAGAGAAACCACAUUCGACACAAAGAUCAGAUCGGUAGACAUAAUAUAGACAUUCCGGAAAUAAGAGAACAAAGACUUUACACCGCAUUCCCUGAAGUUUAGAAUUGUGAGAAUCUGGUUUCCAUUUCACCUUUGCAUUUCCUUCCAAUAAAUUUAUGGCUUUUGCAUGAUGUGCUGAAAUGUGCCAGUGAAAUGUUAGUGAUUCGGUGAACUGUACUGCCUUUCUGUCAAACAGGGGGAGCACACCCACUGUCUAAUUUUUCUUAACUAAUAAUCUGAAAAUAAAACGUUCCUUUCUGACCUGUGUGCUGAAUCGCGGGCCUUAACCACGCCAUUGCAGGCACCAAAUUAUUGGAUUCUUCUUAAUUUUGAACAUGGAGAAGGGGGAAACCAGGGGAAAGCCAUCCUAAAACAGAGGUGUUGAAUUUGGAUCAGAGAUAAUUCAAGCCAGAUUGAACGUAGAUUCUAAGGCUGCGAAAAUAUUUAAUAAAAACAGUAGGAUUUGGCCUCAAUUUCUUUGAAUCUACACCACUUUGAUUGCUCUAAAAAGAAACCACCGUUUCGGUGUAAGAAACAUUAUCAUUCUUUGCUAAGAGUGGUACCUUUGGUCUUCAGCUAUGAAAUCUGAGGAAAUCAACUUGUAAAACAUAGCAAUAUUUUCUUUUCUUCCAAAAUGUUUGUAUUAGCUGCAAUUAAGGCUAAAGAAGCCAAAAAAGAUAGUUCUGGAUUAUCACAACUGACAAGGGAUUUUUUUUUUACCAAUUUUUUUUUACCAAUUGCCAGCAUAUUUUUGACUAAUUGGAUUAGAAAUCAAUAUCCAGUUCCUUCAUGAAGUGAUUAUUGUAUUUUUUUAAAAAAAUUCUGAUGUAGAAUAAUUUUUAAAACGUUAAUCAUUACAUGAAAGCAAUUUGGAUAAUUAUUUAAAAACUUAUAAAUCUAAAGAAUUAUUCAAAUAUUUCACGUAAAUAGUAUCAUAAUAUUGCAUUUUAAAGCUAUCCCCUGAUGAAGAACAAACUCAUACAAAGUAUGUUGGUAGUUGGUACUCUGAUUAAAUUAUUUUGAUGCCCUCUUGCUGGAUUUCUGAUGUUGCUUGUAAUUGGGACUAACCAACCCUUCUCCCCUUCUACGCACCCCAAGUCAAAAUUUCAGUAUUAAUUUGAGCAAACUGCACUAUAUUAUACUUUUCUUCCACAAGAAGAGUGAAAAUCUCCUGCAAAACAAGUAUGCUUGCAUUUCUAGCUCUGAGACGAAGAGCCGGGAUCUUGGAAACCUGUUUCCUACAUUACAAUAUAACACAAAGCCAUAUCACAGUUUGUGAACAAUUUGUGUAUCCCUUCUAUAUGACCUUUCUGGAAGUCAGGUAUUUUUGCACACAAUGGAUAUUCAUAAUGGAUAUUUCAUGAAGCUAGGGUUUACAGUAUACAUAAUUAGAAACUGGGGUUUUGGUAGAUCUGUACUGUAUUUGGAGUUUUAAAAAUUGUAAUUAUAUCCUAUAUAUUUGUUUAAGGACACAAAUGUGUUGCUUUACUGUGGAUUUAUUAAAUCAGUUAUUAAACUGCCCGCUUAUGUAUUA